AUGACACGUUGGACUCUUAUGGCGGCUAUAGCCCUGGCUGCAUCGGGGCUGGUAAACGGCGGUUCUCACGAGAAACGGCUGCUAAGCGACCUGCUGGAUACAUACAACGUGCUGGAGCGUCCGGUUGGCAAUGAGUCGGAGCCCCUCGUGUUGAGCUUUGGCCUUACACUAAUGCAAAUAAUCGACGUUGACGAGAAAAACCAAUUGCUCAUCACGAAUCUCUGGCUGAAAUUGGAGUGGAAUGACGUGAACAUGAGAUGGAACACAUCGGAUUACGGGGGAGUGAGAGAUCUCAGGAUCCCACCGCACAGACUUUGGAAGCCUGACGUCCUCAUGUAUAACAGCGCGGACGAAGGGUUCGACGGCACUUAUCCGACGAACGUCGUCGUGAAGAACAAUGGGACCUGCUUAUACGUACCGCCCGGCAUAUUCAAGAGCACUUGCAAGAUAGACAUUACCUGGUUCCCCUUUGACGAUCAACGCUGCGAGAUGAAAUUCGGCUCCUGGACGUAUGACGGCUUUCAGUUGGACCUGCAACUGCAGGACGAGGCCGGAGGUGACAUCAGCAGUUUCAUCACUAACGGCGAGUGGGAUCUGUUAGGGGUACCUGGUAAAAGGAACGAAAUUUAUUAUAAUUGCUGCCCGGAGCCCUACAUAGAUAUAACGUUCGUGGUGAUCAUCAGAAGGCGGACACUUUACUAUUUCUUCAACCUGAUCGUGCCAUGCGUCCUGAUUGCUAGUAUGGCCGUUCUGGGAUUCACCUUGCCACCCGAUUCCGGCGAGAAGCUUUCUCUAGGGGUAACUAUUCUCUUGUCCCUUACUGUGUUCCUGAAUAUGGUGGCCGAGACAAUGCCAGCGACGUCGGACGCCGUACCUCUGCUGGGGACAUAUUUCAACUGCAUUAUGUUUAUGGUGGCCAGCAGUGUUGUCAGCACCAUCCUUAUUUUGAAUUAUCAUCAUCGGAACGCUGACACUCAUGAAAUGUCCGAAUGGGUGAAAGUGGUAUUCCUUUAUUGGCUGCCUUGUAUACUUCGUAUGUCACGACCAGGUGAUAAAGAAGAAAGGGAGGCACAAAAGUCUCAAAAACCAUCUCCAGUCACCGGUAAUUUAGUGACACGAAAAAGCAUCGACACAAGUGCUAGCAAGAGCUACGGUGACCUGGAGCUUCAUCAAAGGAGCAGCAAGUCCCUCAUAGCGAAUGUCCUGGACCUUGAGGACAAUGCUCUGGCGUCCCACAACAAUCUCCUGAAUAAUGUGUACAGUACCCCUGGCCCUCAUCAUCAUACGAUGGGCCACGGGCACAGUCACAUACACACGACGCCCCACCAUCAUCACAGCCAUGCUGCAACGCCACAUCAUCAACACUCAACGCCACUGGCACACACCUCUUAUCCGGGGGCGCAUCAGAUUAGUCACACGCCGCACCAUCAUCAACAUCCACCGGAAACGCCUGGUCCACAGGUCGAAACUAUACUUCAAAACGCGUGUUUCUGUGCCCGUUACGAGCUCGUACUGAUCCUCAAAGAAAUUAAGAUAAUCACGGAUCAGCUGAAGUCCGAAGAGCUGAACACGAAGGUGACGAACGACUGGAAGUUCGCGGCGAUGGUGAUCGACAGAAUGUGCCUAAUCAUUUUUACUCUGUUUACCAUCAUCGCCACCAUCAGCGUCCUACUUUCGGCGCCGCACAUCAUCGUCACGUGAUUCGGACGUGGCCAACCAGCCACCGGAAGGCCGGAGGUCGACGAAGCUCGUGUACGAGUGCGGCGUGUCGGUGAGGACGCCGAUGAACGCGAACACGAC